AUGAGCUCCAGUCUCCAGGCGACGCUGCUGCUGGCGGCCGCGAGCCUCUUCGGCGGGGCGUCCUCGGCGUCGCUGCGAUGGCCGCUCGACGUCCUCCGGGCGCCGCCGGACUCCGGCGUGUGGGAGGUGACCUGGAGGGAGGUGUCCUUCCGAGGCUGGCUCGUCCUGCGGGACCCCGCCGACAACUCGUCGACGGCGGCAGCGACGACGACCACCACGUCGACGACCACAACUACCGGUGCUCCCACCUCGGCCAAACCGUGCUUCCCGCCGGGCCCGCUCUGCGCGGACAAGAUCCUGGUGACGCCCGAGCACGUGAGCAGCUGCCCCGUCGGCCAGAAGAAGGACGCCAAGGGCCGGUGCCGAGCCGAGCUCGGAGCCGCCGGCAGCAAGGCCAAGAAGAAGAAGAAGCAGUCCGGCCCCAGUGGUAAAAAAGCUGUUAACAACAAGAAGAAAAAUAAGGCUCAGAAAACAAAGCGGCGAAAAGUGAAAAAAGGGAAGAAAAAUAACGCGAAGAAGCAGAAGAAUAACAACGCCAAGAAGCAGUGAAAAACAUAAGUUUUGCCAACACCUGCAGAUACUCUCUACAUGGGUUAACCACAUGAACAAAGUGCCAUUACAUGUA